AUGACCAAAGCAAGGGACUGGGUGACGACUUUCUCAAAAAGUGUUUAUGAAGAACGAGGCUCAAAAGGACAUCUCGACCUCACGGAGUUAAUAGGAGUUCCUCUUCCUCCUUCCGUCUACUUCGUCACCGGCUACGGAGGGUUUCCAGCUUACAGCUUUGGUCCAGAUGCCAACAUCGGGCGACUGACAAGCGCCGUCAUCCCGUCGCCUUUCUACAGAGACUUCGCUAUCGUAGUCACCGUGAAACCAAACAGCGAUCACGGAGGAGUGCUCUUUGCAAUCACGGAUGCCUUCCAGAAAACUAUGUACCUGGGAAUGAGACUUUCACCGGUUGACGACAGCACCCAAAGAAUAAUUGUGUACUACACGGAGCCCGGCUCCCACAUCUCCCGAGAGGCUGCCGCGUUUAAAGUGCCCGUGAUGACUAACAAGUGGACAAGGUUUACAGUGACUGUGCAGGGGAACGAUGUCGCUUUGUUCAUGGACUGUGAAGAAUAUCAAAGAGUUCAGUUUCAAAGGUCAGCUCGAGCCUUGAUGUUUGAGCCUGGCUCUGGGAUAUUUGUCGGUAAUGCGGGAGCCACGGGAUUGGAAAAGUUCACAGGCUCGAUUCAACAUCUGACCAUCAAAUCUGACCCGAGCGGUGCUGAAGACCAUUGUGAGGAUGAUGAUCCAGAAGCUUCAGGGGACAUCAGUGGCAAUGACAGCAUUCCAGAACAUGAAGGUAUUCCUGAAGCCCAAGAAGUCCUUGCACCUCCUCAUCUUCCCAUAAGGCCCGCCCAGCUCCCUCUGGACGGCUUGACCAAAUUUGUGCAACAUCUGCUGAUAAGCAGAAACGAGAUAUGUUCAGCUGUCACAGAAACUGGACAAGGCAACAAUGAUUCUACCACUGUCACACAGAAAAUCUUAAGGGAAGAGGGCGGCUCUGGAGCUGGUGUUUUGCCAGGAGUAAGCCGAGAGGAGGGCCAGGAUAGCGAGGAAGAAGAGGAUGGGCCCACAAGAUCUCCGGGAAGUUCAGGGGCAGAAGACAUGGAGAAAAAGGAUCAAGGACCUGCUGGACGUCCAGGGAAACUUGGCCAACGUAGUCAGGCUGGUAAAAAUGGACUUCAGAGCUUGCCAGGGCUGAAAGGAAAAGCAGGCUUGAAAGGUGAAAAGCCAGUCGACACAUGUGCUCUCCUGGGCAAAAGCAGCACUACACAAGAGAACGAGAAGAGAAAAAUUUCCUCAAAAGGGCGUUGCAAAGCUGAAUUAUUCAUUUCCUCCCGCUACCGAGCACAGCAAGGGUUUGACAGUCCACGUAGGUUCGCUGUCAUCGAAUACAGCAGCACAUACCGGCGCGGUGGCAAUGCUCAUAUUUUGAAUGCUCAGUACUCGGGCAACUUUAAAGAGAGAGUCUUAAUGUUGGCAGGUGUCUUUCCAGAGUUAAAAUUUGAUGAGAUAUCGCUUCAGAACAGUCCCAUCGCACGUGUGCCCUGCAGGACUGUUAUCACUGUGCUCCUAGAGCAUCUACGGAACAGAUUGGAACCUGAAGAGUCAGGCUCCGGAGACAUUGAUGGAGAGACUGAGAUUUUAAGAGGUCUUCCUGGGCCGCCAGGCCCUCCAGGACUACCUGGUCUUCCAGGAAAACCAGCACCCAAUUCCGGAGUAGGACCUCCUGGGUCACCAGGGGAAGAUGGAGCUUCUGGUGAACCAGGCCCUGAAGGUCCUCAGGGUCCUCCUGGUCUUGAUGGAGUAGUUGGGCCACCAGGACAGAAAGGAGAAAAGGGUGAUCGAGGCCUUCCUGGUUCUGUUGGUCCAAAGGGUGAUACUGGAGUCGCUGGAUCAACAGGCCCCAAAGGACAAGCUGGUGCUGUUGGGUCUCCUGGGCAACCUGGACCACCAGGACCUCCUGGACCUCCUGGACCUCCUGGGCCUGUGGCACGGAGCUACAGUUUGGGAUUUGAGGACAUGGAAGGAUCAGGUAGCAUUGGCCUGUUAAGUGAAUCUGGAAUUACAGGAUCAAGAGGGCCAGAGGGAGAAAGGGGCAACAUUGGUCCUCCAAGUUCAAAGGGUCCCAAAGGGGAGAAGGGUGACCCAGGACCUCAGGGGGAACCAGGACAGAAUGGGAACAGUGUUAUAGGACCACCGGGACCACCAGGCCCUCCAGGACCAAUCAUAGCGAUACCUGAGGGCCCUCGGGGACCAAAGGGUGACAUCGGUGUGCCUGGAUUGCAAGGACCCAAAGGACAACAGGGUGAAAAGGGAGAACCAGGAGCUAUUGUUGCUGCUGAUGGAGCUUUAGCUGAAUUGCUAGGAAGAAAAGGGGAGAAGGGUGAAGCUGGAGUGGUGGGACCGGCGGGACCAAUGGGACCAAUAGGACCUACUGGACCUAAAGGAGAACUCGGUUUCCCUGGACGUCCAGGCCGCCCAGGACUGAACGGACUGAGAGGGGCGAAAGGGGAUCGAGGCGAAGCGUUCAGUGGCCCUCCUGGCUUGCCUGGACCCCCAGGCCCCCCCGGACCUCCCGGACGGAUAGUUCAUAUCAAAGGAACAGUCUUCCCAAUCUCUCCCAGACCUCACUGCAAAAUGCCGGUGAGCACUCCUUACCCUGGAAAUCAAGAAGCUCUUAAUGUCCAUGGUGCUAAAGCAAACGGAGGUUCCUGGGGGCUGCCCAGCUCAGUGGACUUCAAAGGAGAAAAAGGAGACAGAGGUGCUCCAGGACCACCAGGUCCACCUCUGCCUCCAUCAUAUUUCAGCCACUUCAUUAACAGCAUAAAGGGUGAAAAAGGAGACAAUGGAGUCACUGGUGUAAAAGGAGAAAAAGGAGAACCGAACGGAGGGUUCUUUCUGACAGGACCUCCUGGACCACCUGGAAAACCAGGACUAAUUGGACCAAAAGGGGAUUCAGUGAUCGGACCCAGAGGACCUCCAGGCUUACCCGGCCUUCCUGGCUUACCAGGCUAUGGAAAAAUUGGACCUCCUGGUCCACCUGGACCGCCAGGACCGCCUGGACCACCUGCAAUAUAUGGCUCAGCAGCUGCAAUGCCUGGGCCACCAGGUCCUCCUGGAGAACCAGGGCCACCUGCAACCAGGAAUCUGGUUACGACAUUCCGAAACAUUGAGGGUAUGUUGGAAAAAGUUCAUUUGGUAGCAGAAGGUACGCUCAUCUAUCUGAGUGAAAUGAGUGAGGUUUUUAUCCGCGUUCGAAACGGAUGGAGAAAAUUGCAGCUUGGCGAGCUGAUUCCUAUCCCUGCUGACAGCCUUCCUCCUCCAGCCAUAUCGAGCCAUGGGUUUCAGUCUCUCCCAGCACUGAGUCCGGUAUCAAAUACGAACCACAGAAAACCAGCGCUGCAUCUGGUGGCUUUAAACUUGCCAUUCUCUGGGGACGUGCGAGCAGAUUUUCAGUGUUUUCAACAGGCCCAACGAGCAGGUUUGACAUCUACCUACAGAGCCUUCCUCUCCUCCCAUUUGCAAGAUUUGGCCACAGUUGUCAGAAAAACAGACCGGUACCACUUACCCAUCGUCAAUCUUAAGGGAGAAAUGCUUUUCAAUAACUGGGACUCUAUAUUUAAUGGCGACGGUGGACAAUUCAACGCUCAUGUUCCAAUAUACUCCUUUGAUGGGAGGAACGUCAUGACGGAUCCAUCCUGGCCUCAGAAAGUAAUAUGGCACGGUUCAACCGCAAAUGGGAUCCGACUGGUGAGCAGCUACUGUGAAGCCUGGCGCACGGCCAACACCGGUGCGACGGGACAAGCAUCACCGCUGAAGACGGGGAAACUUCUCGAUCAGAAGUUCUAUAGCUGUAGUAAUCAGUUUAUUGUUCUCUGUAUCGAAAACAGUUUCGUACCCGAUGCCCAAGGAAACUAA